AUGGAACAACAAACAAACCUCAAAUGCAAUAACCUAGGGGAGGAGUUCAGCAGACUUCAGUUGAGCAACACGCCUAACAAUGAGGACAAUUCCAAUACUACGCCUCAAGAUGCAACCCUAAAUGCAGCCCCAAAUGCAACCCCAGGUGCAACCUCUAUCAACUCUGGAAAUGCAGAGCCUCAAGCUCCAGGCACGAAUACCUUUCCUAUCAAAGAAUUUCCCCUGUUCGUGAACCUAGCCAAGGAGCUCCAAGACCUGAUUUGGAAGCACGCAAGCGAGAGCCCUCGAAUCAUCAAAGUGGAAGCCACAACACCAGACAUUCGCUUCACAGUCCAAUACAUAUUAGCGUUCAAAAGCAACUACACACCCUCGGGGUUGUUAACCGCCUGCCGCGAUUCUCGAGCCGCCAUGCUGAAGAUACCACAUAUCUCCAUCAAGCUCGAAGACCACUCGACAAACGGACUAGAUAUUAAAUGGACGCAUAAUACUGGAAGGCCGACAAUACAACUCAAUCCUGAUAGAGAUGUCAUUUUGUUCUGGAGCGAUGUGAACUCGUCGGGGAAAUGGCUGUCUCCGUUGCUGGUGAACCCGAACCCCGAUCGCGAUUAUGAUCAACCUCAUGCGGUAGCUACAAGUUUUGUCGGGGUGAAGAAUAUUGCUUUUUGUCUCCCGGCUACCACGUUCCUCGGGUGGCCACGCUUCAUGGAUUUCCCUUGGUUUAUAAGUCAGAUUGACUCGGUCGAACGACUGUAUGUCAUUCCGACCCAUCCCGUCGACAAGUCUGUUGACGAGACUGCCCGCCGAAGCUCUCAUCCUAUCCUGUCUGGCAGAGAUUUGACGCUACAAUAUGAGUUUGAGGACUUGGCAAGCAAGGCUAGAGCGUUGAAACUCUCGGACGUUGAGAUGGAGCGUUUUGACACAAUGCUGAAGAAGAGAAUGGUGCGAUGGAAGGAGGAGAAGUCGUCAUGGAAGGUGCCAGAAAGUAUCGUUGCUGUGGUUAGGGAGACAUAAAUCCGAUAUGGUGGACUUUGGUACAUGCCAAGUGAGAGGAUGGGGGUGGGAUAUGGAUUGAGGAUUAACAUGCUAUGCUGUUUUUCU